CAGUCAGCAGCCGCCCCCAGGGGAGGUCGGCGCUCUCGACGUUUGGAGUUGGGAUAUCGAUGGAUUGAAUUUUUCUUGGGUUGAGUUACUACCCUGCGUCGAUUGACUCCGCUACCACCACAUCCUCUUCCAAUUCCCGUUUCGCAUCGUCCACUGGUUGAGAUGGCAAAAGAACCGAUAGUCGAGCUCGCAAGAAGCCUCUCACUCCGCAGCGUCAGAGACGAGAAAGGAGAGCUCGUCAACCCAUUCCUUACCCCGGAGAAUUCGUUGCUGGACCCAAGCUCGGCCCAGUUUAGCUCAAAGACAUGGCUUCGGACACUCAUGAGCAUUAAGUCGGGGGAUCUUGAGCGGUAUCCCAAGAGAGUUGCUGGCGUGGCCUACCGGAACCUGUCUGCGCAUGGCUUUGGCCAGCCGACCGACUACCAGAAGACGUUCGGCAACUACCCGCUAGCAGUACUGAACGCCUUCAAGAAGCUUGUCAGGAAGACGCAGAAGACCAGGAUUCAGAUAUUGAAAGGCUUCGAUGGUUUAGUCAAAAGUGGGGAGAUGCUCGUUGUAGUGGGCAGACCAGGCAGUGGCUGCUCGACGCUGUUGAAGACUCUUGCUGGAGAGACAGAUGGCUUCUUCGUCGCUCAGGAGUCCUAUAUCAACUACCAAGGCAUCCCGAAAGAGACCAUGCACAGAGACUUCCGGGGAGAGUGCGUUUACCAGGCUGAGGUUGAUGAGCACUUCCCCCAGUUGACCGUGGGCCAGACUAUCGACUUUGCCGCUCGCGCGACGGCUCCUCGUAACCGCCUCCCCGGCGUGAGUCGAGAUGUGUAUGCGGCGCAUCUACGAGAUGUUACUAUGGCCGUUUUUGGUCUUAGCCACACGGUCAAUACAAUAGUCGGCAAUGAUUUCGUUCGAGGUGUCUCCGGAGGUGAACGGAAACGAGUCAGCAUUGCGGAAGCUGCCAUCGCCGGCAGCCCUCUACAAUGCUGGGAUAACAGUACCCGUGGGCUCGACAGUGCUACGGCUCUCGACUUUGUGCGCACACUCAGGACGUCAACCGAACUCACUGGAGCGACGGCGAUCGUGACACUCUACCAAGCCUCACAGUCUAUCUACGACGUUUUCGACAAAGUCGCUGUGUUAUAUGAGGGUCGGCAGAUCUACUUUGGCAAUAUUCAUGCAGCUAAAACAUUCUUCAUCAAUCUAGGCUUUGAAUGUCCACCACGGCAGACAACGAGCGAUUUCCUUACGUCCUUGACCAAUCCCGCGGAACGAGUUGUCCGCGAUGGCCUUGAGGGGAAGACGCCCAACACACCGGACGAGUUCGCUGCUGUGUGGCACGCAAGCGAGGAUCGCGCACGCCUACUGAAGGAGAUUGAAGAGUUUAAUGCGCAGCAUCCAAUUGGAGGGCCAUCGCUCGACCAGUUUAGGCGAUCGCGGAAAGCCCUCCAAGCAUCAACACAGCGGAAAGGCUCGCCUUACACCCUUUCAGUGCCAAUGCAGAUCAAAUUGUGUAUGCGACGAGGCUACCAGAGGCUGAAAGGAGACAUGAGUGUCACAAUCACUGGCAUCAUUUUCAACGCGAUUAUGGCGCUUGUCAUAGGCAGUGUAUUUUACAACUUGCCUGACGAGACUGGUGCACUUUACAGUCGUGGCGCGUUGCUAUUCUUCGCCAUAUUGUUGGCAGCGGUUGCCAGUGCAAUGGAGAUCUUGACGCUAUACGCACAACGCCCGAUUGUAGAGAAGCAAGCGAAGUAUGCCUUCUACCAUCCCUUUGCAGAAGCAAUUGCUUCGAUGAUCUGCGACCUGCCAAACAAGAUCGGCACAGCAAUUGCCUUCAACCUUGCUCUUUACUUCAUGACCAACCUACGCCGCACGCCAGGGCAUUUUUUUGUGUUUCUGCUCUUCAACUUUGCGUGCACUCUGACCAUGUCAAUGUACAUCCGCUGCAUUGGCGCGCUGUCUCGCACUUUCCCGCAAGCCAUGGCACCAGCGUCCAUCUUCAGUCUUGCGUUUGUGAUCUACACAGGAUUCACAAUUCCUACCAAGGACAUGCAUCCUUGGUUUCGAUGGCUUAACUAUCUCAAUCCUGUUGGCUAUGCUUUCGAAUCACUAAUAAUCAAUGAGUUUCAUAAUCGCACCAUUCCUUGUUCGCGAUAUGUUCCCAACGGCCCGAACUAUGACAAUGCGCUCCCAGAUGAGAGGAUCUGUGCAACCACCGGAGCUACUACCGGAGCAAACUUCGUCGAUGGAGAUACCUACUUGGCAGUCAACUUCCACUACGAGGCUAGUCAUCUUUGGAGGAAUUUGGGUAUCAUCAUUGCGCUGAUGGUCUUCGGCUGUGCUGGAUACCUUGUCGCUACAGAGUACAUCUCAGCAAAGAAAUCCAAGGGAGAAGUCCUGCUCUUCCAAAGGAGCCGGGUACCAGCUGUCCGGUCAAAGCUCGACGAAGAAGCCAAUAGCGACGCUAGGCUUGACGCACGAACGCUCACUCGCGAGAAAACGGUACCUGAUGCUCCUGCCAGUAUCCAGAAGCAGACUGCAGUCUUCCAUUGGGAUGGUGUCUGCUACGACAUCAAGAUCAAGAAGGAGGAGCGACGAUUGCUAGAAGAGGUCGAUGGCUGGGUGAAGCCUGGCACCUUGACGGCUUUGAUGGGUGUGACCGGCGCCGGCAAGACCACGCUACUCGAUGUGCUUGCCAACCGUGUGACUAUGGGCGUCGUAAGCGGCCAAAUGCUGGUCGACGGACGGCUUCGGGAUACAGGUUUUCAGCGCAAGACUGGAUACGUGCAACAGCAGGAUUUGCAUCUAGCUACGGCUACUGUUCGCGAGGCGUUGGUCUUCAGUGCCAUCUUACGACAGCCUAUGGCUACGCCGCAUGCAGAGAAGGUCGCAUAUGUGGACGAGGUCAUCAAGGUCCUCGAAAUGGAGGCAUAUGCCGACGCUGUUAUCGGGGUACCCGGGGAAGGUUUGAACGUUGAACAGCGAAAGCGCCUAACCAUUGGAGUCGAGUUGGUUGCCAAACCCGCCCUGUUGCUCUUCCUGGACGAACCUACUUCUGGACUCGAUAGCCAAACCGCUUGGUCCAUUUGCGCCCUGCUCCGAAAACUCGCCGACAACGGCCAGGCUAUCCUUUGCACAAUUCAUCAGCCUUCAGCAAUUUUGUUUCAGCAGUUUGAUCGCUUACUAUUCCUGGCCAAGGGAGGUAAGACUCUUUAUUUUGGUGAAAUCGGCGAAUCUUCCAAGACGUUCACAAGCUACUUUGAACGCAACGGGGCUAGGCCGUGUGGCCAAGACGAGAACCCCGCCGAAUGGAUGCUCGAUAUCACCGGCGCAGCUCCUGGGUCGCAAUGCACUCAGGACUGGUCGGCUAUAUGGAACGAUUCAGAUGAGCGCAAAGCUGUCAAAGCUGAACUGGCUCAUAUGAAGGAGACGUUGAUUGAGAAGGAGACGUCUCCACCAUCGCUGUCGGUCAAUGACGCUGAUGCUCUCCGACCGUUUGCUGUUAGCUUUAGCACACAGCUCUGGACUGUGCUCGUCCGAGUCUUUCAGCAAUAUUGGCGCACUCCCUCGUAUCUAUACUCUAAGCUCGCCCUUUGUCUCCUCAGUGCUUUAUUCAUCGGAUUCUCCUUCUGGAAAACACCCAACUCGCUCCAGGGACUGCAGAAUCAACUCUACGCCGUCUUCAUGCUGCUCAGUAUCUUCACCAACUUCUGCACACAGAUCAUACCUCAUUUUGUGGCGCAACGAGCACUCUACGAAGUACGAGAGCGGCGAUCCAAGACGUACUGUUGGCAAGUAUUUAUCUUGUCAAACAUCCUAGUCGAGAUUCCUUGGAACUCGCUGAUGGCGUUACUGGUCUUUGUCAGUUGGUACUAUCCCAUCGGACUACGCCAGAACGCCGUUGAGGCAGACCAAAUCGUCGAAAGAGGAGCACUUAUGUUCUUGUUUAUCCUAGCGUUCAUGCUAUUUGCCGGCACAUUUACACAUAUGGUCAUUGCGGGGAUUGAAACGGCUGAAGGGGCGGGAGCCAUCAUCAACUUGUUGUUCUCGCUGUCACUAAUCUUCUGCGGUGUUCUUGCAACACCUGAAGUUCUGCCCGGCUUCUGGAUAUUCAUGUACCGCGUUUCUCCCCUCACGUAUUUUGUAUCCGGCGUCCUAUCCGUUGGUCUUGCCAACGCACACAUCUCAUGCUCCGCAGAAGAGCUGCUGCGUUUCUCGCCGCCCUCUAUGUCCAGCUGCUCCGAGUAUCUCGCAGACUACAUCGACUCACAUGGCGGUUAUCUCCUACCGUACAGCAACAAUUCAACCACGGAAUGUGUGUUCUGUACCGGUAGUGAGACGAAUAUAUUCUUGAAGAGCGUGAGUUCGGAAUAUAAGGAUCGGUGGAGAAAUUUUGGGAUUGUUUUCGUUUAUGUGGUAUUCAAUAUUGCGGCGGCUAUAGGGCUCUUUUGGCUAGCCAGAGUCCCAAAGGCCCAGAAAGAAAGGGACCAAAACGUUACCAAAGGUGCAGGUGGUGAGGAUGUCGAAAAGAGUUCAGACGGUACCCUGGAGAGCGCUUCGAGAGCUCCCUCAUCAGAGUAGAGAAUGGCGAUGGACACUUGGAAGCAAGAAAAGGAGGAGGUUUUUCAUCACUUCCUGUUAAGUGGUUUCCAUCAUCAUCCGCCUCUGCAGGGCGAUUGUAGAAUAGUUGCAUGGCUUUCAAGUCCAGGUCAAUUCUAUGGUUUCAAUAACAACAACUUCGAAG